AUGGGCUUGAGAACUCCGAAACAUCCUACUAUCAAGAAUGGGCUUGAGAACUUGGACGAAAAAUCAAUGGCAAAUCGCCAGGAUGAGGACAGGGGGGGUUCCAAGCGUCUAGACGCCUUCAUGAUUCUUUUUUUCAGAAAAAUGUCGUGGAUACAAAACCUGAAGAAUUGGGAGAGACUGCAGGAAACGGCAGAGUAUAUGAAACAGGUCUAUGGCGAUCCGCAGGCGUAUCUCCAUGCAGAUACGACAAAAUUCGUUACGGAACGAGAGUAUUAUGGCGACUUUGGUUAUGGAGAGUGUUUCAACUCGUCCGAAUCUGGUGUACAGUGCGAGAUAAUCACAGGAACAUUUGACCCCAAACUGCUACCUUAUGAUAAGCGAAUGGCUUGGCAUUUCAAGGAGUUUUGCUACAAGACGUCUGCUCAUGGAAUUCCGAUGAUAGGACAAGCACCCAAUCGAAUUUAUAGGUAA